AAGUGACUUCGUCAUACACGCGCACGCACCACUGAUUACGAGCGCCCAUUGGAUAAACACUCAAGUUGCGUUAACUUCCGGUUCCAUUGGUGCCAUGCUACACCAUGUACAGUAAGUUGAGAUGACGUCACACUUACGAACCGGAUUAGCCUUAACCAAAUUAUAGCUUCAGCCUUUGAACAUGUUCAACCUGAAUGUGGCGUUAUGUGGCGCGCGCCGCGGCCGCACGUACACACAUAGGCACGGUGACAUUUGGCAAUAUUUCGCACAGGAAAUUGAUCGGGGUGCCAUUGUUGAAUUUCUGUGAAACGGGAAGUAUAGCCCCAAGUCUUCUUUGCGUUACUUCUAGUGGUGCUCCGCACGCUUCGGUAUUCCGGGCACUAUGUAUGAGCCCGUAGACACCAGAACCUUGGAGUAUGCAGUGUGUGUCCUCCCAUUCCCCCAACGAAGAUUAUUGAGGAAGUCAACUGAAGACAUGUAAAACCAAUCAGUACAGCAUCAAAGAUCAGAGAUAUAGCUACUUGAAUCAAGAACUCUAGAGUUCCCAUAAUGCAGUCAACAAUAAGUGAGAAGACUCUGAGGAACUUGGCUUCCAAUAUUGGUAAGGAAUGGAAGGCUUUGGCAACCUAUUUGGGAGUCAGGAGCGAUGAGCUUGAUCGUAUUGAAGCUGACCACCGGGGCACUGAGGAGCAGAUAUUUCAGAUGCUUAUGACUUGGUGGCAGCGGCGGGAUCAUUCCAAUGACAGUGGAGAUAGCAGUGCUCUUUGUUUUCUACAAGAAAGCCUUCGCAAGAGUGGAAGAUUGGACCUAGCAGAAUCUGUAUCGGAUAUCGUGGAACCUCUGACAGAUUGGAACUUUGACGUUUGCCGUGACGAGUUCAUCAGAUACUACAAAGAUGCAAUGGGUGUGGUUCCAUUGCUCCCAUGGCUUGCAUCAGAGGUCAGCAAGAUUAAUGACAUCUACGUAAAACUCAAAAUCACUGAAAAAGAGAACAAGGCUGGAAGGGUGGCACAGCGUGACAUUGGCUCAUAUGAGGAUAUGCUGAGAUUGGAGUUCCAAGACGGCCAGCCAGUCCGAUUUAUCCUGCUUUCUGGCAUUGCUGGUAGCGGCAAGACCACCAUCGUGUCAAAGAUUGCAACCGACUGGGCUCUUCAAACUCCAGGAUCGGCACUCUCCAAAUUCAGUUUUCUGGUAGCCCUGAGCAUGCGUGAAUUGAAGAGGGCCCCAGAUCUGACUGAUGCAGUAUUUGAUCAGAUUCUUGCAAAAGAUACGAAAGUAAAUCCCGUAGCCCUGAAAGAUCACUUGAGGUCACAUGCUGAAGAGGUCCUUGUGGUUUUGGAUGGCGCUGAUGAAUUUGAUAAAGAGGGGUCUCAGCUACCAUCUGAAGGUGACAUCAUUGACAUCAUCAGCAACAAGGUUCUUCGUGGAUGUACCGUCAUUGUCACCACACGUCCCCACAUGGUGGACAAGUUGUGCAAGCUCAAUCCAUCUUUCACUUGUAUCGAGACCACGGGUUUCUCGGAUAGUGGAGUUCAUGAAUAUGUUCAGAAGUUUUUCACGGGCGAAGUAGCGUCCGUUUCGAAUGAGCUCUGUCAUAAUUUGAUGGAAUCAAAUAGCCUUAAAGAUCUGGCGAGAAUACCAAUGAUGUUACUGCUCAUUUGCCUUGUCUGGUCAGAUGCACAUAAGCUUCCCGAUACACUACUAGAAGUUUUUAAGGAAGCAAUGCUAUUCAUGUUGAAACGGCAUCACUUUGUGAAAUCCAGCAAGUUUUGCCAAGAAGAAGAGGCAAUUGAGAAUGAGUUGAUGGGAUUUGUGCAGGCAUUAGGCAAGGCAGCGCUGGAUGGUCUAUUGCUUCCUGGUCAGAAGUUGGUGUUGAAGGCUUCGGAUUUCGGAAAUUCCAAGAUGGUUGACAAAGCGUGCAGUCUUGGAAUUCUCUCAAAGGAAAGGGUGCGGAGUAAGUUGCAUUCGGUUCAACGUGUUACUUUCCUUCAUAAAACCUUCCAAGAGGCAAUUGCUGGGUUUUACUGGGCUAGUCUGUUCGAAUCCGACAACUACUCCUUCAACCAGUAUCGUCGUCAAAUAGAUGAGGAGAACGCCUUCAGUCUAGAGUAUGUUUUGAGAUUUUGUUGCGGAGCGAACGUUGGAGCAGCCAAGACUCUUCUGAUUCACAUUGUCGAUGUUUUCAGCAAGAGAAAUCUAGAGUCAUCGAUUACGAGGGAAAGCAAGAACUUACCGAAAAGCAUCGUUUGGAAACCGGUCUCACUUCAGGAGAAUAAAGACAGGAUGAUUCAGCGACUCUGGCUGUUGAUGCAUGUAGAAGCGCAGUCUCGGGAACUUCACAACAUCCGCAAACCUAUGGAUAGACACAGACUUGUAUUUGACUUUGACUGUCCAGGAGACGAGAGAACGGCCUUUGGAUUUCUGGUUGACUGUGCAUCUUCAGUCAGUGUGUCGUUCCUGAAGGAAUUGCAGCAAGUAUCCUUGAGCACAGUCAGUCAAAAAUGUGCACAGAUAGUGACGACGAUUUUGAAGCAUGGCGUGAUGAAUGUCCGAGAUCUCACUCUAGAGUUUGGUGAAUGUUGGAAUAAACAAGCAGACAAUCGAUGGCAGUUGAGCCUUGGCAAGACGCUUGGUAAGAUGCAACUUGAAAACCUCUCCAUUUCUGGCCCUUCUCUAAUCGAGGAUUAUGACGUAUCUGCCAUCUUUGAAAGACUGUCCGAGUCUAAAAUGUCUACUGUACAGAACUUGACCCUAACCUCGGUUGCCGUUUACUCACGGUACCUGAAGAAAUUCCUGGAAAUGCAAGGAGAGCUUCGACGAAUUUCUCUCCGUUCUCAGUACGAGAAAGAUAGCAGACAGGUUUGGGGUGAAGCUUUGGAAGGCAUUCAAACUGCGUCACUUCAAGAGAUGGGUGUGAAGCAGUGCAUAUUGUCAGAUUCUCAUGAAUAUUGCCUGGAUCGGUCAUACCCAAACCUCGAAAUUUUGAGGCUGAUUGAUGAUGAUCUUCAUGCAGAGGAGAUCCACUCUGUGUGUAGUCUUCUUACGAAAGCUCCAAAGAUACAGGAGCUUGAUUUAUCCAGAAACAAGAUCGGACACGGUUUCCCAAGCCUUGUAGAGAAACUUCCUCACCUAGAACAUCUUCAGGUGUUGAAACUUACAGACACUGGCAUGUUUUCAGAGCAGUCUGUCCAUCUUGCUAGACACCUUCCCCGCAUGAUUAAUCUUCGGGUUUUGAACCUGAGUUGUUAUGAAUACUCCAAGAAGAAAAUCACCUCGGAUGCCUUAAUUACAGUUGUACAGUGGUCUUGUAGAUGUCCGUCCCUAAGAGAGCUUGACAUGAAGCAAUGCGUGUGGGAAAUCCCCGACGUAGAUUGGACGUCCCAUGACACGCCCCCAUCACAGGAGGAGGAGUCAGAAUCACCAGAUGGUUCAGCAGACGUUCUUGAGACUGUUGAAGAUCGAAUCCGAGAAACACAUCAAAGCUCCAUCGAAAACCUGGAUUUGAGCAGUAACUGUCUUGGUAAGAGCACUUCGGGUUUAAUUGAGCUUCUUAAGCAGAUGCCCUUCUUGAGGAAUUUAGAAAUGAGUAGCAUGGGCCUCGUCUACUCAGAUGCAGUACUUCUAAGUGAGGUUCUCCAAGAAUGUCGUGUUCUACAAAGGUUACAUCUCGGAGAUAACAACAAGAUAGGAAACAUUGGGAUUGGAGUCCUUCUGAGGGUGAUCCCGAAGCUGCCGUGUCUUGAGUUUCUGUCUCUGCCAGAUAAUGAUGGAAAUCCUCCUGAGAUGGUUCGCAAAUGCCUUCAACAUGGCCAUCGAUAUAGAAUCAUCAGAUACUUUCACGAAUUCAAUCGGCCACAAAUUGAGGCUGUAGUUGAAGUCGUCAGGCGAUUCGAGAGAAAAGAGUCAAAAUAGAGAUGUAGUUUGAGCUUUCUAGCAACAAUUAAUGACGGGUGUAAUCAUUAACAAUGCGGAAGUUUCACUCUCUUUGAUAAAGAAUUAAUUACUUAAAUCGUUUCCAACCGGUUAUCUUCAUUCAUCAACAUCAAGUAAUAGGCCUUAGUCUGGGUCACUGUACUCAUUAAGUUUAUAACUUCUCAAAGGGAAUGUACAACAUUUGCUUUUGUUGCAAUUUUUAGGAAUAAAUGGAUUUGGAUGAUUAGUAUGUUGUA